AUGCAAAAAUCAAUACGAUCAUUCAUAGUCUUUUUCAAUGUGCUCUAUAUCCAACAGCUUUUUGUAUUAGCAGACGCAUCAGUAUCAAACUAUAGAGAACCGCUAAACACUAUACAGCAGCCAGUCGACAAACAGUCCUACACACCUAUUCCAGAAAAUCCUAGCCCUAUAGGAGCUCCCAGAGAUGAAAAUGCUUACGCCAGACCGCAAGCACCGCCCGAGAAGAGAGUAAUAAACUUCUAUACGAAAAAAACUAACAUCGGAUAUCUGUACAAUGUGGGCACAAAUAAGUUCUUAGGAACUGACAGCAAUAAGUACUGGCUUUUUGCAGUUGACAAAAACCCUCUUCUUAUUGCCAUAGUCACAAGUUAUGGGCAGAGCAUUGGAACAUAUCAGGAAAUAAUCCCAGUGGACGAUGCAGAAAAUCCAAAACUUGGAAGUCAAAACUCAUCAGAUCUGUAUGCAGGUGUAAAAAGAAUCGAUACAGGAGGAGGGAGCAAUCAAAAUAGAUGCUAUCUCUAUGGAGCCACAUCGACCUACAACAGAUUCGUUAUCUCGCCGCCAUACUACAAGAACAGCACAGCGUUUAAAAUACAGAGACUGGGCUACUGUCUGGGAAUUGAUGCGUCCAUGAAUCUCAUGCAAAUGAACUGUGUGGAAGAUACAACAGAUGGACAUGGUACCCCUGAGAACGAUAUGCAACUCUUUAAGUUCUGCCGAACAGACUCGCCCGAGAAAUGUAAAGAUAUGGUAUCAGACCAUCUCUAA